AUGCGUACCCAUGAAGAGAUUAACCAGAGGCUGAAAUGUUUCCUUCCUGACUCGGAUCGGGCAGCUCUCAAGAACGCCGUCCCCUUCAAGCCCUCCGAAGACCUGCAGGUUCCCCCCGGGCUGGACUGGCGAGCCAAAGGGGCCGUGACUGAGGUCAAAGAUCAGGGCGCCUGUGGCUCCUGCUGGGCCUUCAGUGUCACCGGCGCUCUGGAAGGCAUGCAUUUCAAGAAGACGGGGAAGCUGGUCUCGCUGAGCGAACAAAAUCUUAUCGACUGUUCUAAGGACCAGGGGACUGAAGGUUGCGAGGGUGGAUUUAUGUCAGACGCGUUUACAUAUGUGCAGAAGCAAGGAGGGAUCAAUUCAGAGGAAAGCUACCCAUAUGAUGGACAGAAUGGAUACAUGCUCUUGGAACAAGGAUCCAAUCAAUGCGGCAUCACCAACAUGGCUUCCUAUCCCAUUCCAUAACCAGCCAAGUGGACCGUUUGAGAAACAGGACAAAAAAGCUAACUGCGGCAUUGGAAGCUUCUGGAGAACCAGAAAUAUAUAUACAGUAUAUGCUAAAACCAAUAAAUGCUUUUAUGCAAUGC